UUAAAUUUAAAAAACACUGGUUUGUUUGUUUGUUGUUGGGCCCAGUGUCGCAACAAUAACAGCAGGCUCUUAUUUUGAAGGGGACGGUGUUCCACCGGAAGUGCGAGUGAGGAGAAGGAAGUAGAGGGGGGGAUAACAACCGUGUUAUCGUCUUUGUAACGCCUAACGGUCGUUUAACGGUCGCCUAACGGUCGUUUAACGGUCGCUCUCCAUGGCCGUCUUAAGCAGCAGAGCGGUGCGCGAGCAGCUCUGCGUCAUCAUGGCCGCCCUCACCAAGGCGGCGGUGGCGGAGAUCUGCGAGGUGGUGGACGAAGGGUACGCGGUGCUGCAGCUGGAGAUCAGCCGCAGCCGCGAGGAGAACGACGACCUGCGGAAGAAGCUGCACCUCAUCGAGUCCAUCGUGAUCCGGGGGGGCGGCGGGGGGAAGGCGGCGGCGGAGGAACCGGAGGUGGUACCGGAGGGGCCACCGGAGGGGCCGGGAGAACAGGGGCCGGAAACCCCGCAGCAGCAGCCGCAGCGGCGGGGGGACGGGGCCGGAGGAGGCGCCGUGGUGCUGCGGGAAGAGCUUCCAGACGUGGUGCUGAUCAAAGACGAAGACUCCGACAGUAACGACACCUAUGAGGAAGAUAACGCGCCGGCGGCUGCAGCCAGAGAGGGCCGGAGCGCGAAGAGGCGAUGGCCGUGCGACCGAGACGCCGACAGGAAGUCGUCCCCUUCGCCGCUCGUGAUCCCCGAGAGGAAGAGCGUGACCGUCUACAGCCUGGACUCCCCUGGCGGCGAGCCCGGCUUCUUCUCCGGGCCGCUCGGCACCGAGGAGAUGGAGGCCGGCGAGUCGGUGUGCUCCUACUCCUCGCAGGUGGACCCGGACUGCUCGCUGGUCCCGCCGAGCGCCGACAGACCGCCGUAUUUCGGCGCCGGCUCCCUGAUGGCGUCUCCCACGAGCAGGGAGCUGGAUCUCAGCCUGACGUGGACCAAGCAGUCCAAGGGCCACGGGGCCUUUUCUCAGUUUCACGAGAACCCGGACGGCGGCGACGCCUUCGGGCUCAAGAUGAUCGGCGUCACGGGUUCGAUCUCCGCGGACUGCCGCCUGUCGGAAGGCAGCGACUCCGCGUUCGAGUACGAAGACGCCGGCGGCGACGCGAUGAACUUCCACUACCGGGACCCGUCGGGUCGAUCACAGCUCUGCGGCGGCGCCCGGGGGAAGCGCUUCGCGUGCGCCGUCUGCUCCAAGACGUACGCCACCACCCAGAACCUGGAGGUGCACCUGCGCAUCCACACGGGCCAGAGGCCGUUCUGCUGCAGCCAGUGUGGCAAGAGGUUCACCCAGUCGGCUCACCUGAAGUCGCACCUGAGCGUCCACUCCGGCGAGCGGCCGUACGCCUGCGCGCUCUGCUCCCGCAGCUUCAUCGUCAAAUACAGCCUCAAGUUGCACAUGAAGAAAUGCCACGACAGCGUCUUGAGUGACCGCCCGCCUUGGAUUACAGUCGGGCUUUUUAAUUGUCGUUAUUUAAACAUGUCACCGGCCGCCGCCAUCCACGCGCAGCUCGCCUCCAUCAUGGAGGUGCUGGCCAACGCGGCGGUGGCGGAGAUCUGCGAGCUGGUGGACGGCGGCUACGCGGUGCUGCAGCUGGAGAUCAGCCGGAGCCGCAAGGAGAACGACGGGCUGCGGAGGAGGCUGCGGCUCGCGGAGCUGCGGGCCGCCCGCGCGACCGCCAUGCGCGUGGCCGCGGCGGCAGGCGGCGGAAACGGGCCGAGGAGAAGCGGAACACCUGGAGGCUCCAGAGUGUCCAACCAGGAGGCUCCGCGGUGCAGAGACCCCGACCCGACCUCCGGCGCACCGGGGACGGUGCGUGGAGCGGCAGGAACGCCAGGCGGGUCCACCAAACUGACGGUCACGGUGAUCAAAGUGGAGGACGAAGAGGAGGAGGAGGAGGUGGACGAGUCCUGGUCCCAACCUGAGCAGGACAAAGAGUUUUGCCGUGUCCUUGACGGGCAGGCGCCGGUGACAGAAGCCCCGCCCCUGCUGACCAAACAGGAAGUAGCGGACGAAGGCGGCGGCUCGUCUCGGUCCUGGACGAGCGGGGAAGUCGGCUCCGCCUCCGAGUCCGUCCAAAAUGACCUCGGCGCCGGCCAGAGGCCGGAAGCCGGCGGCUACGACUGCCUGAUGUACGAGCCGCAGCUCCAACGCGGCCUCGGUACCCAGAAUCCUUUGAGGGAGGACCCCGGCUGCUCCUACGCGUUGAACACGAGUGUUUCCGCUGCGUCUGACCCGGGCGGCGGCGGCUUCCCUUUCACCGUCCAGCACCAGCAGCCUGCGCCGCCGCCCGCGGAGAAGCCCCGGCUCCCCGCCAGGAAAGAGGUGACGGAGAGACUCCACGCGUUCACGAGGAGCGACGGGUGGAGUCCACAGGACGGCGCCGGCGUGGAGGACGGCGCCGGCGGCAGGGAGGACGGCGCCGGGAAGACGUUCAGCUGUAACUUCUGCGGUAAGACUCUGGCCUGCCUGAAGAACCUGAAGACCCACAUCCGGAUCCACACGGGCGAGAAGCCGUUCGUGUGCCCGCUCUGCGGAAAGCGCUUCUCGGACUCCAGCAACCUGAAGCGCCACCAGAGCGUGCACACCGGCGAGAAGCGCUACGGCUGCGUCCACUGCGGGAAGCGCUUCGCCCAGUCGGGGUCGCUGAAGGUCCACAUGAGCGUGCACACGGACUGCAAACAGUUCAGGUGCGCGUACUGCGGCAAGACCUUCAUCUCCGGCGGCCACCUGCGGCGCCACGUCACCGUGCACGCCGGCGAGAGGCGGUACGCGCCGCCGUUUCAGUGACGGCGUCUUUAUUGGAGGACGACGGUCGUCGGUAAAAACUUUAUUUCACACCGUGACGGUCGACGUUUGGUUUUUGAUGAUUUUAAUAUAUUUUUUUACAAAAUCAAUUAGUUUUAAGAGCUUAAUUAUUCUAGCUGAUGUUGAGUUUCUCUGGACUUGAGGGGAACCUGCCGGUAUAAAGAUAUUCAUUAUUGAUAUCUGAUCCAUCAAUUAGUGUUCUGAGAGACCGACGUGACGCCAUCUUGUUUUCCUCAGCAUGAAACCCAAAUAUUACACUUUAACUACAAAGAGACACGAACGGACUACAAAGAGACUCAAACUGACUACAAAGAGACUCAAACUGACUACAAAGAGACACAAACGGACUACAAAGAGACA